CGGGCUGCUGUGGCUGGGGGUCCUGGGGCUGUCAUUGGCGCUGACCCCGGCGGGGAGAGAAGAGGAGAGGAGAUGGCGGCGGCGGCGGCACUGGCGGGGAGAGUGCGGCUCGUCCUGGAGCGAAGUGGAGUGAGGCACUGCUACACCAGCUCAAGGCAAAACCUCUACAUAGACAAGACAACAAAGGUCAUAUGUCAAGGUUUCACUGGGAAACAGGGGACAUUUCACAGCCAGCAGGCUUUGGAGUAUGGCACCAAUUUAGUAGGAGGAGUGUCACCAGGGAAAGGCGGUAAAACCCACAUGAAUUUACCUGUCUUCAACACGGUUCAAGAGGCUAAAGAAAGUACAGGAGCCGAAGCAUCUGUUAUCUACGUCCCUCCUCCAUUUGCAGCUGCUGCCAUCCACGAGUCAAUAGAUGCUGAGAUCCCGCUCGUGGUUUGUAUCACGGAAGGCAUUCCACAGCAAGACAUGGUACGGGUAAAACAUCGGCUACUGCGGCAGUCUAAGACUCGCCUUAUUGGCCCCAACUGUCCAGGAGUAAUCAAUCCUGGAGAGUGUAAAAUUGGAAUCAUGCCUGGGCAUAUCCAUAAGAAGGGAAGAAUUGGUAUUGUAUCAAGAUCCGGUACACUAACAUAUGAAGCUGUUCACCAGACGACACAGGUUGACCUGGGCCAGUCUCUGUGUGUGGGAAUUGGUGGGGAUCCCUUCAACGGAACAGACUUCAUUGAUUGCCUGGAAGUUUUCCUGAAGGACCCUAAAACAGAAGGCAUCAUUUUAAUUGGAGAGAUUGGUGGCAAUGCUGAGGAGAAUGCUGCAGAAUAUUUACAGCAGCACAAUAUGGGGCCCAACGCUAAGCCGGUCGUGUCGUUCAUUGCUGGACUCACCGCUCCGCCAGGCCGGAGAAUGGGUCACGCUGGUGCCAUCAUCGCUGGAGGCAAAGGUGGAGCCAAAGAGAAGAUUGCUGCCCUACAGCAGGCCGGUGUGGUGAUCAGCAUGUCCCCCGCCCAGCUGGGCAGCACCAUGCUGAAGGAAUUUGAAAAGAAGAAGAUGCUGUAAAUGGUCUCCCGAAAAGUUUUUUUUUUUAAAGAAAAGAAGACGACCAGAGGCUUCCUAAACGGUUCCAUACCCUGAUCAACUGUCUUACCGUUCAAUGGGCUGGAUGCAAUGAUUGACCCUUAUUGAAACAGAGCCAUAUACAGAGGUUUUGUCUAUUUUAUCCGAAUGUGUACGUACACUCGAUGAAAUACUCCCAUAAAAUAAAUAAUUUUCAAAAC